AUGGAGAGAUCCCUGGAUGUAGGCAACAUGACCAGGGUCCAGGAAUUUGUCUUGCUGGGCUUGUCCACAAGACCAGAAAUAAGGGAGGUCCUGUUUGCCGUCUUCCUGGCCCUCUACCUGCUGACCCUCCUGGAGAACACCCUCAUCAUCUUCCUUGUCUGCAGUCACAGCGAGCUCCACAAGCCCAUGUACUUCUUCCUGGGCCACCUGAGCUGCCUGGAGAUGUGCUACGUGUCAGUGACCACGCCCAGCCUGCUUGUGGGGCUGUGGACUGGGCCCUACCACGUGCCCUUCACAGCCUGCAUGACCCAACUCUUCUUCUUCAUCUCCCUCAUCUGCACGGAGUGCACCCUCCUGGCCUCCAUGGCCUACGACCGCUAUGUGGCCAUCUGCCACCCACUCCGCUACCCACUGCUCAUGAGACCCCAGGUCUGCCUGGGCUUGGCCAUGACAUCAUGGCUUGGUGGGCUGCUGGUCUCGGUGGCCAAGACAACGUGCAUUGCCAGCCUGUCCUACUGUGGCCCCAACGUCCUCAACCACUUCUUCUGUGACGUCUCCCCUCUGCUCAACCUGUCCUGCACCCAUGUGGCCCUGACGGAGCUGGUGGACUUCAUCUCCGCCAUCGUCAUCCUCUGGGGUUCCCUCCUGGUGGCCAUGGCCUCCUACGUGGCCAUUGGUAGGGCUGUACUCCGCAUGCCCUCAGCGGCCGCCUGCCGCAAGGCCUUCUCCACCUGCGCCUCCCACCUGGUAGUGGUGGGCAUCUUCUACUCAGCCACUCUCUUCAUCUACUGCCGCCCCAGCCGCAUCGAAUCCAUGGACCUCAACAAGGUGCUGUCGGUCAUCUACACGGUGGCCACGCCCCUGUGCAACCCCGUCAUCUACUGCCUGCGGAACCAGGAGGUCCAGACAGCAUUCCAUAGAACCCUACACUGGUCCUGA